GGCACCUGUGCGGCAGGCGGGGCAGAGACUGAGGCGGCGCUGGGUGCGGUGCGGCCCGGCCCGUCCGGUCCGUCCGUCCUUCGGCGGCUGAGUCCCGGCGCUGGCGAGGCUGAGGCUCUACAGGUUACCAGCGCGGAACAGAGCCGCGCCCGGCUGUUCCCAUGGCCGGCCUCGGUCCCACCGCCGAGCAGGGCUACAUCCGCACCGUUCUGGGCCAGCAGAUUCUGGGGGAGCUGGACAGCUCCAGCCUGGCGCUGCCCUCUGAGGCUAGGCUUAAGCUUUCGGGUGGCCGGGCAGGGGAGGAGAAGGCGCUGCGGAUCCAACAGCAGGUCCAGCAGACGCUGGCCAGGAAGAGCCGGGGCUCGCUGCACAACGGCAGUUUGCACCGUGCAGCCAGUGUUCCAGAGCGUGUCUAUAACAUGGGGAUUACUGAAAAUGAUUUUGCACCAAGAACUCCCUAUACUUUCUCAUCUUACCAGACUGAACAGGUGACUUCACCAUCCUCUUACACAAAUGGCUGGGGGACAAGGAUUACCUACAAGGCAAUGGAAGAGAGAGCUCAAAGGCAGCCUCUGAAGAGACUAGAGGUUUCACCACAACAAAGUCCUGAAAGAUUGACAUAUGUAUCCAACAAUUUUCAAUAUGAUAGAGGGAUAUCAACUGGAUUCUCCAUGAGGCAUGGAGAUAGCAGAUGCAAUGGGACUGUCCCACCAAGAUAUGCUCGGUCUGAGAUUGUUGGUUACACUCUCCGUGAUUCAGUGAACAGGGGACGCUCCUAUAAGAGACAGUCCCAGAUGGGGGCUAAUAAUGAUGUCAUCCUUGAUGGUAUCUACCCCAACCCUGCUGUACCUCUGUACCAUCAAGCAGGCAACAGUCGUAGCAUGACCAACCUUUUGGAGAAGGAGAACUAUCUGACAUCAGGCAGUGCGAUGGGACAAGUGAGAUCGCCAGUUGCUUCCCAUUUGGAGUCUCAGAACAGGCAAUCUUUAAGGUCCAGCUGGUACCAAACUACAUUGAGAAGCACACAGACCAGGAGGGACGCUUCCAAAAAAGCUUCAAUAACCAGUGUCACUGCAGAAACAGAUGGGAAGAGGAUGCCAUUGACAGCUGCUGUGGCAGCAGCAGGGAGAAAUGGUUUCCUGCACAGUGAACAAGUCACCGUCAAUGGAUCUCAGCUAGGGAGCCUAGAAGGGGAGAUGACUCUGGAACGUGCAGUGAACAUACUGAGGAGUGAAAAUACACAGUCUACACCUAGGAUUCUUGCUGCUGUGACUUUCAUACAGCACGAGUGCUUCCAGAAAGCAGAUGCUAGAAGAAAAGUUUUCUCACUUGGUGGUAUCCCCAAACUUUUACAGCUUCUUGAUGUUCAGAACGAGGACAUUCAGCGGGCAGCAUGUGGUGCUCUCAGAAACUUGGUGUUUGAGGACAACGACAACAAACUGGAAGUGUCAGAGCAGAAAGGGAUCCCUCUCUUGCUCCACUUACUCCGACACACCAGGGAUGUGGAGACUAAAAAGCAAAUAACAGGUUUGCUGUGGAAUUUGUCCUCCAAUGACCAGCUGAAGCACGUGUUGAUCAGAGAAGCCCUGCAGACACUCACUGAAGCUGUUCUCAUCCCUUACUCGGGCUGGCCAGAUCGAGAUUAUGCAAAGUCAAGUGCUUUACCUGACCCUGAUAUCUUCUACAAUGCCACAGGAUGCUUGAGAAACAUGAGCUCUGCUGGCCCAGAAGGAAGAAAAAAGAUGAGAGAAUGUGUUGGCUUGAUUGAUUCUCUUGUGUAUUAUAUUCAAGGAGCUAUUGCAGACCACGAGCCUAAUGACAAGGCCACAGAGAACUGUGUGUGCAUUCUUCACAAUCUUUCCUACCAGUUAGAGAUAGAACUCCCUGAGAGCUAUGCCCAGAGCAUAUAUAUGCAAAGAAGAAAUACUUCUAGCAGUGAUAAAACACCAGGCUGUUUUGGAACACGGAGCAGAAAAGUAAAAGAGAAGCAACAGGACAUUCCACUGCCUGAAGAAAAGAGCAAUCCCAGAGGUGUUGAAUCGCUCUGGCAUUCCACACUGAUUAGGAUAUAUCUCUCCUUAAUAGCAAAGAGUACCAGAAACUAUACCCAGGAAGCAUCCCUGGGAGCUCUUCAGAACCUCACAGCAGGCACUGGACCAAUGCCGUUUGCCGUGGCCCGGACUGUUGUUCAGAAGGCAAAUGGCCUUCCAGGUAUUCGAGCUAUGCUGCAUGCAAGCCACCUGACAGUAAAGAAGACAGCUGUCUCACUGCUCAGGAACCUGUCUCGCAACACCUCUCUGCAAAGUGAUAUAGCUAGAGAAGUUUUGCCCGACUUGGUCUCAAUACUUCCCGAGUCUAUCCCAGGGUCUGAUAUCGUCUGUGAAACCACAGCGUCCAUCUGCUACACCUUGUACAAUUUGACACAGAGCAGUUCACACAAUGCACGACUUCUUCUGAGUGCUGAUGGCUUACCAAAGAUUAUUGCCAUCAGCAUGAAUGACAGUAACAUGUUCAGCAAGGCUAGCAGGGCCGCUUCAGUCCUCCUCUACUCCUUGUGGUCACAUACUGAUCUCCACAGCGCUUACAAAAAGGCUGACUUUAAGAAGGCGGAUUUCAUCAACACCCGAACCACAAAAGCCUAUAACUCACUAAAAGAUUGA